AUGAAUGAAAAUGGAAUAGGGGAGAACAAUCACAGUUUUGAAAAAGAAAACAAAAAGAGAUCAAAGAAAUCAAACUCCAGAAAGGAAAAAAAGCGUAAAGAUGGUGACAAAAAUUCAGAAUCUGUACAUGUCCAAGGUGGAAAAAUGAAUAACGGAACUUUAGGUGAAGACAAAAAUGGAAAUAACACACACACACCAAGCAAAAACACGAUAAGUGACAUGUUUUCAUCAAAUAUGAAAAAUAACAACAAAAAAAAGUACCAUAAAAAUAUAGGAGAAAAUAAUACAGAUAUUCUUAGGAACAAUCUGAAAACAAGUCCAUAUAUUAAUUUAAGGGAUUAUGAUGAGGAGGGUGAUGAUUAUGUCCAGUGUAACGAUAAUUGUUCAAAAAAUACUGAGACAAAUUAUCAAGAAAAUGAUAAAAAUGAAAAAUAUAAUAAUGAAAAUAAUACCAUUGUUUAUGUUGGAGAAGAUGAACAAAAUCAACAAGAUGAAGAAGAAAGAAAAAGAAAAAGAAAUUGGAAAGGAAGAACAUUUAGUCGUUUUACGCCUGGGGGUGUACGAUCAAGCACUGUCUUAUUUAUAUGCACAGCCAUAGGUGUAGGUUUUUUGUCAAUACCUUACGUUUUUUCGAAAUUAGGAAUAGUAUUAAGUAUUCUCUUGAUAUUACUAAAUUCCGUUGAAUCUUAUGUUACUACCAACAUAUUAUGUCUAUCAUCACUGAAGCAUAAUACAUUUGUAUAUGGACAUUUAUUGGAAAAAAUAGGGCAUAAAUAUCAUAAAACCAUAAUUGAUUUUGGACAAGCAUUUGGUUUUCUCUCAAGUUAUAUACUGAUAUUAAUAUUAAUACGUAAUUUUUUAAGUAGUAUAUUGUAUGUUUUUAAUUUUCCGACCUUUUUUUAUAAUCAUAUAUUUUUAAUUAUAGUAGUAUGUCUAUUAAUAUUACCAAUCACUUUUCGAGAACAAGUUGGAUCUCUAAAUUAUUUUCUGAUAUUUUCCUUAUUUUCCUUAUCAAUAACCAUAAUAACUAUAGGAUGGCAAACACGAGAUUACUAUAAUUUAUUAAUUAAUAAAGAAAUAGUAUUGUUUAAUUUUGAUAAGCAUUUUUUCAAAUGCUUCAAUAUUUUGUUAUUUUCUUUUUCUCAGCAACCAAAUGCAUGUUUCAUAACUGGACAAUUUAAUCAUCCAACACACAAAAGAUUAACCAAAUCAGCAUAUAGAAGUGUUUUAUUACAAGUUAUUUUUUACACGCUCUUUGGAUUUUUAGGAUAUUUAUCUUUUUUAAAUACUUCAAAAGAUAAUAUUAUAUUAAAUUAUGAAGACACAAAUGUAUCAAUACUGUUAUGUAAAUUUCUUUUAUCAAUAACCUUUUUUUUUUCUGUACCUUUAAAUUUUAUGGGAUCCUAUUCAAGCAUAUUAUCAUUAUACCUAUCUGCUCGUAAUAGGUUUCUUAAAUUCUACGCAUUUGUUUCCAGAAGUAGAUAUAUGGAAAAUUUUUCUACGCUUUUGCACGAUGACACAACAAACCCCUUUGAAGAAAAUACACAUGAUAAUGUGACAGAAAAUUCUAUCACAACAGAAUCUCAAAAAGGAGAUAAAAAACAACGAAUGAUUAUUUCUAUUUCCGUUACCAUUUUAUGCGCCCUUAUAGCGUUUAAUGUCAAAAAGUUAUCAAAUGUUAUUGGCAUAGGGGGAGGAAUAACUUCAACCCUAAUAUCUUGUCUUUUACCCAAUUUGAUCUAUUUUAAAAAUAGGCAUAAUGUGAAGAACAAGCUGGAACGAUAUUCAACCUUAUGUAUCUUAUGUUUUUUCUCUUUCAUGGGUUUUUUUUCUGUAAUUAUUACUGCAUUAACUUUGAUUUUAUAA